AUGGAGGAAGAGAAACGCUUUGCGGCCUGGAGCAAUGACUUGGAGCCGGGGAAUCAGACGAACGGCGAGCGUUUCGCGAAAUCUGGCGAGCCGAAACUUGAGGAGAGCGGGAAUGGAGAUUUCGUUGAUGGAAGUGGCGAUCUUUGUCUGGAAGGUGGCGAGGGCCCUAACACUCUCUGCUCGACCGGAGGUUCCCAUGUAAGCGAAGACGCGAGGGCGUUGUCGGGUUGCCCUUGCAGCUCCAAAAAGCUCAAGUCCGGAGUAGGUCCGGCGGAUUCGGGGCUCUCGAAGAAGGAGAAGUAUGGGCCGGACAAGAAAUUGAGUAGACAGGACAGGAUUGAGCUGUGCAGGCUGUUUCAGGGAGCAGUGAGCUCGCAUGACUGGGAGCUUGCGGAGAGUUUGAUACUGUUGGCUGAUCCCCAGACACUCAAUGAUACUUUAUGCAUUGCUCUAGACUCGAUAUGGUUCUUGAGCACUCAUCAAGAGCUACACGGGAUCACCGGAUUGAUAAAGAAUAUCAUCGCUAAUGGUGCUUAUGAUUUCACGAGAGCGGCUCUUAGGACUUCGUUUCUGGCUUCCUGUGUCUCGGCUUGCCAAAGUCGGACAAUGAGUUUGGCAGAUACAGUAACUAUGAUGGCCCAAAGGUUGCACGAGCGUCUCCAAGAGUGUAAUGGUGAUGAGGUUCUGAAAGCAGAGGCUGGUGCUAAGGUCCAAAAAUUUUCUGAAUGGGCAUUGAAGUGUAUUGGAUUGCAUUCUCGGUGCCAAGGAAAUAGAGAUAGGAUCAACCACAGCUCAGCUGUUGAAAUUCAACUCCAGCUCUCUGCAUUUAAGACAUUCCUGGAUCUUGCUGGUAAUCAUCUUACAGGGAAGGACUUCACGGAGGCUUUUGACGCUGCUUGCUUUCCUCUUACUCUUUUCUCUAGUACAUUUGAUCCUGGUUGGGCAUCUGGUAUAGCUGCAACUGCCAUCCAAGGGUUGCUGGGCAUGCUUGUCGAGGGGGGUGCUGACAAUGUUAACCAGUGUUUUCUUGAAGCAUCACGGUUUGGAAGCACAGAACUUGUGCGCAUUCUGUUACAGAUUGCUCAGAGGAACAGCUUGGAUGUUGAUGUCGACUUGGCUUUGGGUUUUGCUUCUCACUAUUGCAAGAUUGGGACAAUGGAGUGUCUAGUUGAAGAGGGGAAUGCAAUGGCUUUCUUGGGUCCUUUGUUGAGGGCAGCGGAGAGGGGUUGUUUGGAGGUUGUGCAGUGGUUUGUGAGGAGGCGCUGUCGAGAUAUGGAGCUUUGCCUUGCCCUAACUGCUGCAACAGCUAGCAGCCAAGUGGAAGUCGCUGCGUAUCUCCUCCCUCAUGUUCCUCAACCCAACCUCACUGCUCUCAGUGUUGAAAUUCUUAAAGCCGCCGGUGAACGAAGUGGUGGUUCUCUGGAUGGUGUAGCUUUUCUAAUGCGAUCGGAUUUUCUUGGGGAUCCGGUUGCAACUUAUGCUGUCGCUGACAGCAUUGCUAGGUCAGAAGAUGAGUCGAUAGAUCCUUUACUGCGGGCUUUUCUUCAAGAGCACUGGUCAGAGGCAGCUUUUGUUGAUGGGCUGAGGCAAGGCCAAAUACAUUACAUGAAUUUCAUGCGGAUACUGAAGCGGGGUGAGUCUCCAUUAUGCUUGACAGAUAUUCCUGGACCUCUGAGGGCCGCGAUCGCCUAUCUGCCAUUGUACAGAGAGUGCACUGAGGCAGGUGGCUCCUUGCUGUCCCAAAGACUCAGGGGACAGCUUGUUGAGGCCGUGAGAAGGCUCGAGAAUGCAGCCUUAGAGCCAGUACGCCCUUGCAGAGAGCUCUUAUCUAUUUUGGAGCAUCACCUUCCUCGAUUUUUGCUCAGUGCUCCGAAUGUUGCCUAGCAAGAGUUUUCCUUGCGGCACCCUUUUUUCUCCGUGCUUUUACUUCUCUCUAUCCCUCUAUAUUUCCUACAAAUCACUGAUAAUAAUCGCAUGAAAGCGGGUUGAAGGUGAGAAAGAUCUUCGAAGGUAGAUGAGAUUUUCGUUGAAGUGUCGCCUUGCUGGCUAAAGCUGUAGUGCCUCUCGGCUUAUCUGCCGCAUCAUCCUCGUGUGCCACCGUAUGAAGAGUAUGGGUAUUGAUCUAAAUAUGUAAGAAGACAGAACAAACUUGGAUGUGCAUAGUUUGUUGGCAAGCUCCUUAGUUUUAUUGUAA